GGCUCGGCUCGGCUCGCUCGGAGCGGGGCGGGCGGAGCCGCUGCCGGUGGCGGCCCCGUGGCGGAGCGGGGGUCCCUCCAUGCCGCCAUGGCCCCCCGCGCCCCCCGCGCCCCCUUCGCCCUGCUGCUGGCGAUCGGCGCCCUCGCAUCCGCGUGGCCCCCCCAAAACUCCAGCGUUGGCGAGGGGAGAGCCUGGGAGGGCUCGUUGGAGAGCAGCGCCCCGAAAUGGGACCUGGCGAGCGGAGACACCCCGGGGGGACCCAUCAACAGCACCAGCGGCGGGGGGGCGGCGGCAGGACCGCAGUUAGAGCCCCCCGGGGGGGACACGGCCACCACGGAGCCCUCGGGGUGCCCGGGCUGCGGCGGGGAGGGCGAGGCCAGCGCCGUGCCCCCCCGAGCUGUCACCUGGCCCGGGGACGGGGGCACGGCUCCGGUGGCCCUCGGUAGCCCCGAGGAACCGGGCAGCGGUGACCGACCCACACCCGCCUCCCCGCCCGGCCCGGGGGGCUUCGGGGGGCUCCCGGCCGCGCUGCCCAGCCCCGAGCCGGGCGCCCCCAGCCCCGGGGGGGACUCGGGGGGUCCCCCGGAGCUCUGGGCCGCCGCCCCCAGCCCGGUCCCGGCGCAGGGAGCCCGCGGCUGGACCGACCUGACGUGGCUGCAGGAGCCCGGUACCGCCGCCACCGGCCCGCCCGAGCCCCCGGCGGACCGGGCGGGCUCUGAAAUCAUCGAUGUCGAUUAUUACGACCUGUUCGAGGGCGGUGAGGGCCCGGGGGGCUUCCCCGGGGGCGAACGGGGCGCGGCGGGCCCGGUGCGGCGGAGGGAGCCCGAGGGGGCGGCCACGCCCUGGGCACUCCACGAGCUCUACGACGAUUUCACACCCUUCGAGGACGCCGAUUUUUACCCCACCACCUCCUUCUACGCCGACGAGGACGAGCUGGAGGAUGAGGAGGAAGAGGAGGAGGAGGAAGAUGGGGGACUGGAGGAUGAGAACGGCUACCGGCCGCCCGCCUCGGCCGCGCCCGUCCCGCGGGACCCCCGACCCACCGGGCACCGAGCCGCGGUCCCACCGCCACCGCCCGGGCUGGCCGGGGGCAGCCCCACGGCAUCCCCGGCCGAGAACGGCUCCGAGUGCCGGAGCGGCUACGUGCGGCACAACAGCUCCUGCCGCUCCCUCUGCGACCUCGUCCCCAGCUACUGCCACAACGGCGGCCAGUGCUACCUGGUGGAGAGCCACGGGGCCUUCUGCCGGUGCAACACGCAGGACUACACGUGGCACAAGGGCACACGCUGCGAGUCCAUCGUCACCGACUUCCAGGUGAUGUGCGUGGCCGUGGGCUCGGCCGCGCUCGUGGUGCUGCUGCUCUUCAUGCUCACCGUGUUCUUCGCCAAGAAGCUCUACCUGCUCAAGACGGAGAACAGCAAACUGCGCAAGACCAAAUACCGCACCCCGUCCGAGCUGCACAACGACAACUUCUCCCUCUCCACCAUCGCCGAGGGCUCCCACCCAAACAGAGAAGCGAAGGGCUCAGCGGAGGAAGGAGGAGCGUAGGUCCCUUUAGCCUUCUUGCCGCUGCUCCCCGGUUCCCGAGCGCCUUUAGCAGCCCCGCCCUGGCCGGAGGCUCCGGGGCCGGUUCCCGCCCGGUUACCGAGAGGAUGAACCCCGGGAUGAGCUCGGUGCCGCUCCCCGGCGGCUCUGCCACAUCCCUCGACCCCUCCGGAGGCACGCAGCGCUCCGAGGAUGAGGAGGGGUCAGCACCCGCGGAAAGGGGAUUUUGGGGAUCCUGCAGCCGGUGGCACCGGCCCGGACCGACCCGGGAGAUGAGAAUCCUGUCCCUGUGUGACACCGGCCCUCGGUGUCCCCGUCCGUCUGCCGCUCUCGGGGUGGCACCGGGAGCACCGUAACCACCGCAGCAGUGCCCGGUGCCGGUGCCGCUCCUCCCGUGGGAGCGGGACAGACGCGGGCACAGCCCGGCCCUGGCACGGGGCAUCGGGGCGGGGGCACGGCUGUACCCUGAGGAACCGCAAUAAAACCAACCCACCCCUCUGG